UAUUCGCUCCGUGGCCAUCGAUGGUAGCGCCAGAGGUGAUAGAUUGUUCGAACUGUGUGACGAAUAAUCUACAUGCAAUUUUCCAUAAGACGCGACCUCUGUCUAAAAAGACGGAACUGUAUGACGAAACACGGAUACUCACGGACACUAAACACAUGCAUAGAACAGGUAAGUGUAUAAGUUGGCCACGGAGCGAAUAAUACUAUUGCAUUAAGAUGUUUUAGAAACUGCACUAAAUAUUGCAUAGAGAUGCGGGGUGAGAACAAUAAGAACAAUUUACGUUUGGUACUUUUUCUUUUUUUGAACCCUUUGCCUGAAAAUGGCGACUAUAAAUGAAAUCUAGGUUUCUAUUGUCAUAGUGUCUCUGCGUGUACGUACUUCACGAAUCUUACAAGUACGAUCUUUGUGUAGUGUUAAAAAAAAGCUCUUCGCUAAAUAAAUACGUUUGAAUGAUGAUGAGUUUUCAUAACCGUGAAAUUACAGUGAAGUUUAUUUUAUCUUUUUACUAAAAAUAAAUGACGACAUUUUUUUCAAUACGGUCUGAAGCAUUGCGAAAUUAUGUCUGAAAAUCGUGAGGUUAUUCUAGCUGAUUUUCAGGCUUGCAGCGGAAUCGACGAUGUUGGUGAAGCUAUCAUGCAUCUCGAAAGUAACAAUUGGGAUUUAUUGAUGGCUCUUAAUGCAGUUAUGAAUCAUGAUUCACAACAAUUGCCUUCUGAGAUCAAUCCUGAUGUUGAGAUGGUUGAAGUUGUGGAAGGAGUUCCCACAGUAACAUUUUCUUCAUCUGAUACCACCUCAACUCCAAAAGAUAGUACUGCGUCAAAAGAAAAGUCUGAAAAUCCUAAACCUGGAACAAGUCAUAUCGAAGUUUCAGACGUUCCAAAAAUACUUACUUUCUAUGUUCACUAUUCAAAUGCAGUCUAUAAGAUCAAUCUUUCAGAGUUAUGUACUUUGAGAGAUUUAAAAUAUGCGAUAUUCGAAAAAACCAAGGUCGGCCCAUGUGAACAAGAAAUUAAUGGUUGGAAAAAAGCACCACUUGGAAAUUCUUCACUGUUGAAAUCACUUGAAUUGGUUCAAGAUAAUACAUUGUUUGUUACAUCUAAAGUCAAAACUGGGGACUCUUGCUUAGAAGCGUCUUACUUAUCAGAUCGAUUAACUCGAACAUACAUUCUAAAUGUACGAGAUGAUGUACAUGGAAAAACAUAUAAUUUAAAGUAUCCAGGAACACACACGAUCCUUGAUGUGAAAACUGGAGUUUAUACUUUAACAGACGUUCCUGUGAGAAAUCAAAAGUGGAAGGGCUGGCCCAAUUCUGUAAAAGACGAUGAAAUAACACUUGCUCAAAGUGGCAUUGCAUUUCCAGAGCACGAUUUAUCAGUAUCACAAACGCUUGUUAAAGAAAAGAAAGAUGAAGAUCUCGUAAUUGUUGAUAGUGAUAGUUCAGCCGAUGAAGCUGAAGACGCUGAAGAAUUUGAAGUUCCCGAAUCAUUUAUUAUUGAAGAUGAUAUUUUUAUUGAUAAUAUUCUUCCUACGAAAUUCCAGAGAUUGAUUCCUGAAAAUGUGGAAGAUGAAACAAUGGGCACGUUGCAUUUCUCGGAACAAUUUGAAAAGAGAUAUGGAUUGAUUCAUCCUGAAUUUUUCACGGGUACAUUUGAUGAAGCUAUACGAGAGUCUUGCUUGAAGUCACCAAAAGAGAGAAAAUUGUUAGCCGUAUAUCUGCACCACGAUAAUAGUGUAUUGACAAAUGUAUUCUGUACACAAUUAUUGGGCUGUGAAACAAUUUUGCAGCUUUUAUCUGCAAACUUCGUUGUGUGGGGAUGGGAUUUUACCUAUGAAAGUAAUAAGCAAAAAUUCUUAUCUUCUUUCACUCAGUCAUUAGGGAUAGUGGGUUCUGAAGCUGUUAGAAACAUUGAUGUUGAUACAUUACCUGUUUUCAUAAUUCUCAUGCGAUCCCGAUCAACAACUGAAAUUUUCACCAUAGUGCACGGAAAUGUGGGAGUCAAUGAACUGCUUACUAAUUUAAUUCAUGCAGUGGACAUAUUUCAAGAGCAAAAACGUGUAGACGUAGAGGCAGAAAAAGAAAGGCAAGCUAGAGAAAAAGUGAAACAAGAACAAGAUCAAGCAUAUCAAGAAAGUUUAGCUGCUGACAGAGCAAAAGAAGAAGCAAAACAGAUACAACAGCAGUUGGAGCAAAAAAAGAAAGAACAAGCAGAAAAUACAAGAUUAGUUGAAGAAGCAAAAAAAGAAGCACAUAGACAAGCUGUACAAUUAAGCUUACCUCCGGAACCUGAUGAAGAAUCUGGCAAUCAUAUUUUAAAGGUUAAAAUCCGAUUACCAGGUGGUAAAUUCUUAGAACGUAAAUUUAGACCAGAUACUCCUUUACAAAUACUUCUAAACUUUCUUAUCGUGGAAGGCUAUCCUACUGAUGAAUAUAAGGUGUUAUCCAGCUGGCCUCGACGUGAUUUGACAUCUUUGGAUACCUCACUCACUCUCUCAGAACUUAAAUUUUGCUUACAAGAAACAGUAAUUUUAGAAGAAAGAUAAAUUAUAACCAAAUGUAUUCUUCUUGAUGUCAAAAAUUUAAUUAUACAUGUUUAACAAUAUUUAUUUUAUAAUUUU